UUUAGUGUCUAUAGUAGGAAUCAAAAUAUUAUACAUUUUGAAGUGCUGCUUACUGAUAUUAUAAUUAUUUCUCAAAAGGCGUAUAGAUCAAGAGUUUCAAAAUGAGUUAUAGGGAUUCUUACUCACUCUAUCCGAGGUAUCAUUCGUACAGUGCGGCUAAAGAACAGCGUGUAGGAUCACAUUUGAGGACUUUAAUGAAUUUGCCUUCAUCACAACCUUCUGCGCUGAGUUCCCUGUCGUCAUAUCGGUCUGGAGUGUCGGGACUAUCUGGAUUGUCAACCAGUUCAUAUUUACCAACCCCUGAUGUGAGUGAAGUUUACCCGGGUCUGUUUGUUGGGGAUGCGGUUGCCGCCAAAGACAAAGCGUUUUUACGGCGUAUGGGCAUCAACUAUGUCCUUAACACAGCGGAAGGCAAGAGGUAUACCCAAGUGGAUACUGACCAUUUGUACUAUCGCGACUGCCCGGGACUCCACUACAAGGGUUUCCAGAUGAUGGAUCUUCCUACUACAGACAUAUCGAAGUACUUCCACAUUGCUGCUAAUUUCAUUGACGAGGGAGUUUCCAGAGGUCGAGUAUUAGUCCACUGCAUGAUGGGCGUCUCGAGGUCGGCAACCUGCGCUCUCGCGUUUCUGAUGAUCAAGCGUGGCAUGACCUUCCAUGAGGCCAUGGCGCUGGUGCGCUCCCGACGAGACAUCCACCCCAACGAGGGCUUCAUCCGCCAGCUCCAAGACCUCGACAGGGAACUCAGGGUUUGUAGAGCCCGCUGACAUAGAAGCCCCUUCCCUCCAUUACUUAGACUGUCACUCGACAUCCAAAACACAAACGUCCGAGCGCGGAGCCUCGACCGAGCUUACACCAGCCGAUACUAGUGUUGGACCAACC